AUGAGCAACCAGCCAGCAGAACAAAAACUAUGGGGUGGUAGAUUCACCGGUGCAACAGAUCCUCUAAUGGAUUUGUACAAUGCAUCGUUACCAUACGAUAAAAAAAUGUACGCACAGGAUUUGGAAGGUACUAGGGUUUAUACUAUGGGAUUGGAAAAGCUUGGGUUGAUCACCUCUGAUGAAUUAUCGGAGAUCCAUAGGGGUUUGAAAGUAAUUUAUGAUGAGUGGAAGAACAACAAGUUUGUGGAGAAACCAGGAGAUGAAGACAUCCAUACUGCCAAUGAGAGAAGAUUGGGUGAGAUCAUUGGCAAAAACAUUUCUGGUAAAGUCCACACAGGGAGAUCCAGAAACGAUCAAGUGGCAACUGACAUGAGAUUAUAUGUCAGAGAUGAAUUAAAGAAACUAGCAGGGUAUCUCAAGUCUUUCAUUGAGACCAUGAUCAACAGAGCGGAAAAGGAAAUUGAUAUUUUAAUGCCAGGUUAUACACAUUUGCAAAGAGCACAACCAAUUAGAUGGUCGCAUUGGAUAAGCAUGUAUGCAACAUAUUUCACUGAAGAUUAUAAGAGACUUUUACAAAUUAUUGAACGACUCAAUGUCUCUCCAUUGGGCAGUGGUGCAUUGGCAGGACAUCCAUAUGGAAUCGAUAGAGAAUUUUUGGCUCAUGAACUAGGAUUCACAGGUGUCAUUGGUAACUCUUUGACCGCCGUUUCCGAUCGAGACUUUGUCGUUGAAACUAUGUUUUGGUCGUCACUUUUCAUGAAUCACAUUUCCAGAUUCUCCGAAGAUUUGAUUAUUUACUCUUCAGGAGAAUUUGGGUUCAUUAAACUUGCAGAUGCAUACUCAACGGGGUCUUCACUAAUGCCUCAGAAGAAAAAUCCUGAUUCGUUGGAAUUGUUAAGAGGUAAAUCGGGUAGAGUCUUUGGUUCGUUAGCAGGGUUUAUGAUGUCAUUGAAAUCGAUCCCUUCAACCUAUAAUAAAGACAUGCAAGAGGACAAGGAACCUUUGUUUGACUGUAUGCUAACAGUCGAGCAUUCCAUUCUCAUUGCAACUGGCGUCAUCUCGACAUUGACCCCGGAUGCCAAAAAAAUGAAAGAAUCCCUAAGUAUGGAUAUGUUAGCAACAGAUUUAGCUGAUUAUCUGGUUAGAAAAGGUGUUCCGUUCAGAGAAACACAUCAUAUAUCUGGUGAGUGUGUCAGAGAAGCUGAAGUAACAGGCCUUAGUGGUAUUGAUCAACUGACAAUGGACCAAUUCAAAAAAAUAGAUGAAAGAUUUGAAGCAGAUGUUUUUGACACUUUCAAUUUUGAACAAUCAGUUGAAAGAAGGGAUGCUAUAGGUGGUACUGCAAAGUCUGCGGUUUUAAAGCAAUUGGACUCUUUGAAAAAAAUUCUAUAG